CCGCCGGGAGCCUCUUGGUGCUUCGCGCCGGGGCGGAGCCGCGCCCGCUCCCGCCACUUUCCCGCCGCUGCUUUUGCACCGGAGCGGCGUCACCCGCAGCGCCCCGGCUUCCGGAGACACCAUUUUGUUCUCCGCCUCUCGCCAAGGGCACCUCGCAGGCCCCGACAGGAUGAUCCCCGCGGCUCGGGCCGCUCUGAGCCUCGCCGCUCGUAGCAUUCAGCGCACUGCAGUAAGACAAGCUCAUCGCAAACAUGAGCCUGACUUCCAUGAUAAAUACGGAAACCUGGUGCUCCUUGGCGGAGCCGCCGUUUUUACUGUUGUCUGGGGAUAUGUGCUCACACAAGCUGGAAUCGAGUGGGGUUUGUCACCUGUUGGCAGAGUCACUCCCAAAGAGUGGAGGGAGUAAUGGCCUUUGCUGGAAAUGAACUGGUCCAAACUUUCACCGAAGAAAUGACCAUCUAAUGGCAUUUGGUCUAAUAAACAUACCUAGGAACCUC